UCUGGAUUCGGGUCGUUCCUCGAGAGCGAUGAACGUCGGAUAUAACUGCGUUUUGUGACUUAAUUUUUAGCAGCGAGAGGUUAUUUGCACAGACUGCAUGCUCAGACCAGAUCAACGUAGGCUUAUGCCUCUGUAGGAUGCUGUUGUGAUUUCACUAUUGAACUACGGAGUCGUUGUGGAACUUUACGCUCAUCAUUAAUAGGAUUUCACCCCGUUUCUGUUCAUUUCAGCAUUUUUCUUAAUUUAAGUUGACAUCUUUUUUGGGACAUCUUUCACUGUCUGAUCGUCUGGGGAUCAGGUUUGCGCUGCGGAUCGAGCGUCCAGGUGCACUGCGAUGCGUCCAUUCCAACCUGCGUGCUGGUGCCUCAUCAUCAUCCUGUCUGUGGACGUCCAGCCCCGCCAUAUGACGCUGACCAACAUGGUGCACGGACACAGGCUGAUCUCGAGUUUAUCCGAAGUUCGUGGUGGCUUACAUCGCACGGUUGCCCCCGACAACACCGCCAGCCAACCAGAGGAAGGCGUGGCGCGGAGGACCCCGGCGCCCGGCGAGGCCCCGGUGAGGCUGUCCGAAGCGGCGCCUGAACAGAACGACCGUGUCCCCGAGGGGGGCCCGGGGACCCCGAGGCGGGGUCCCCGGGCCCGUCGCCAUGCCAACCACGCGGUGGGGAGGAGCCACGUGCAUCUGAUGAGGGUCGGCUGUGUCCUGGGCACCUGUCUCCAGAACCUCAGCCAUCGGCUCCAUCAGCUGAUUGGACGGAGGGGGAGAGAAGACUCCUCCCCCAUCAACCCACGCAGCCCGCACAGCUACGGAUAGCCGCGCGGCUCGUGGCGGCGCCACCGCCGCCACGGAGGACCGUCCAAGGCCAAACCCUUAGCCAGACUCCGGUAGAUCAUUUGUCCUUUUAUCCAAAGCAACCGUUUUCUAGAGACACAGGUCCUUUAGGCGUGGGCCGCGGUGGAGGCCU